AUGUCAGAUCACUCAUUACCCACCUCUAUCGGAUACUUCCGGGGUCCUGGUCCUACUGGCCCAGAUGUAGUACUGCCAAAGUCUAGCACCUGGACGCAAGACAUGAUCCGUCGAUCCAUCGUGAGAUUCCCCGAAACCAGCAACAGACCCACUGUGACAGAUGGAGAAUACAUUGUUUCUGCCUUGUUUGGUUUGGAUGAGGAUUGGGCAGACGUAUCUGCGCUUCUCAUCUCGAUAUUCGAGCGCUCCCCACAAGUCCAUGCCACAGCUUUCUUGCUUGCUAUCCUUUCACAGCUUAGCGUGGAAGCAGCAGCGGCAAACAUUCCGACUUCGGCCAUCGCGGAACUUCGCAGAAGUCUUAGCGUGCGUGUUUUCAACGACGAGAGCAAGCUCUCUAGGAUCAUUACCCCAACAAAGAUAAAGUGGGUACAAUAUGGGCGGCCGGUCUCUCCACCAUCUUGGGACAAGUACCUCUACAGUCGCGAUAACAAGUCAACAUCUGAAACCGGGCUGGUAGUCACAUCGGAAGCGCUGGUUAAUUUCGCUUGCGGUCUCAUCAACCUGAGCGUCGAUACAGAGAAUUUACUAGAACGUUUUAUCCAGAAAAUCAGUGAACAGUGUGGCACUUUCUCAGUUGACGACAUGCACUUACUCUGGAUGCCGUUCCUCUAUGGGCUCAUUCCGGCUCUGGUCCUUCGAUCAGUGUCUCUCGAUACGCCGACUUAUCAGGAGCUCGCUCGUAGACUUAUCACGCACUGCUAUGAUACAACAGUUGGGCCACAGCCUGAAGUGUUUGACGUCCCUUCCCCCGAAGUGAAUUGUACAUGCACCAACUGCGUGAAGCUCAAUGAAUUCCUCCGAAACCCCUCCCAAGGAACUAGGCGAUUCAAUUCACUAUCCAAAGUCACCCGUCGGCACCUCGAUGAGCGGCUCGGUGCUGCUCGUAUUCGCUGCAAUACAGCUCUCGACUCUGGGGCAUUUGUGGUCACCAAACUCUGCACCUUAGAACUCGAUCUCGACGCUUGGAAAAAACGACAGCAAGAACUCUAUCUUCAGGUCACUAGUAACAUCGAGCAAGAGCACCUUCAAUGCUUGCUUGGUGUCGACGAAGCUGCCCGCAUCCAAUCGACAGCCGGGCCAGUGGAGGGCCCUCGUCCGCAGCCUCGCUAUGCUUCUCCACCCCGUCGUCCAGCUCAUCUUACUUACUUGCCUCCCUCCAAUGAUGGUUCCGAAUCCCACAGUGAACAUCAUGAACACUAG